CGCGGCUGGGCACGGGGGGGCAGGACGAGGUUUGUGGCCGGACCCCCGGGAGCGCAGAGCGGGCUGGAUUCACCCCGCCCCGGGAUCGGGCUUUGCUGCAGCGCCGGGACGGGGGCUGAGGCUCCGGGCGGCCCAGUGACCCCCGCUGGCGCAUCUUCCCUUGGCCGGCUCCCGAGCAUCUCCCCGCAGGGGGAGCGGGUGGCCGCCCGCCCCCCAGCCAGCCACCUCCGCAGCGGGGGGCUCUGAGUGCGGGGCCCCGCCCGCAGCCGCUAGACCGGGGUGCGGGGCGCGGCUGCCGCCCAGGUAGCGCCAUCGCCAGCCGCCGCCGCCGCCUCCAGCCCGGAGCGGAGCCCGGACCCGUCCUCGCAGCGCCGCACGGCGGCUCGUCCCAGCCCAUGGCCCGGGGGCUGCAGCCCUGAGCCCUCCAGCCCAGGGGCUCGCCCGGCUCCCUGCCUUGGUCCCGGCGGCGGGACGCGAACCUGUGCCGGAGCCCGCCCCCCGCCAGCGGGCCUGGCCGGCGACUGGAUUAGAUGGAGCUCGGCGCGGCUGGCGGCAGCAUCCUCCUGGGGGCCGGGUUCGAGCCUGCCCGGGCUGGCCAUGCAAGACUGAGCGUUAAUCGCCUGCACGGGAGCGCUCCGCGAGCCUGCUAAUUAAGUACACGCGCGUGCCAGGCUGCUAAUUGCAGGCACAGGACCGCCAUGCAACGCUGCUAAUUAACGGUGCGUCCACGACUGCCACAUUGCUGGCAGCCCGCUGCCCUGCCAGGCUGCUGGGGAAUGGCCUCCCUGCCAGACGGCGCAUUCGUUGCAGACAUGCAGGGCUGCUAAUUAGCUGCACUUGCAGCCCCGUUGCUUUAACUGCCUGGCUGCGUCCUAGCCCCCCGGUUGGCUCAUCCCUCUCCCUGCUUCCCUCAGCAUGGGCACCGUGCUGUCCCUCUCCCCGGGCUCCCGGAAGGCCAGCCUGUACGAGGAGGGCUCCUCCGGCUCGCUGGCGCACUACCCGGGCGUGCCGAGCGCCAAGGGCAGCGGGCAGAAGGCGGACAAGAACCUCAAGCGCCACUCCAUGUUCAUCCCGGCCUUGACCUGGAAGCGGCUGGUGGCCUCCACCAAGAAGAAAGGCUCCCGGGGCGGGGGGAAGGGGCCUGCCCACAAUAACAACAACAACCACCCCCACGCCAAGGACGUGGCCCUCCUCAACCACGAGAACGUCAAGAAGUCGCUGUCCUGCGCCAACCUCGCCAGCUACGAUGGGGGCGGGCCACCCCUGGCGCCGCUCAGCGCCAAGCGCAUCUCCACCACCUCCGUCUCCUCCCUCAAGCCGGGCGCCUUCCUGGGCGGGGGCAGCUCGGCCUCCCCGCGGCGCGUGGUCGUCCAGGCCUCCACCAGCGAGCUGCUCAAGUGCCUGGGCGAAUUCCUCUGCCGCCGGUGUUACCGCCUCAAGCACCUGUCGCCCACGGAGCCCAUCCUGUGGUUGCGCAGCGUGGACCGCUCGCUGCUGCUGCAGGGCUGGCAGGACCAGGCCUUCAUCACCCCGGUCAACGUGGUCUUCGUCUACCUGCUGUGCCGGGAGGUGAUCGACGGGGAUUCGGUCUCCAGCGAGCACAACCUGCAGGCGGCGCUGCUCACCUGCCUCUACCUGUCCUACUCCUACAUGGGCAACGAGAUCUCCUACCCGCUCAAGCCCUUCCUGGUGGAGGCGGCGAAGGACGCCUUCUGGGACCGGUGCCUUCGCAUCAUCAACGCCAUGAGUGGCAAGAUGCUCCGGAUCAACGCCGACCCCCACUACUUCACCCAGGUCUUCGCCGACCUCAAAAACGAAGGCAGCACCCGCGAGGACUUUGCUCGCGUCCUGGACCGGUGACUGGCUCAGUGCACAAAGGACCAACUGCCCCCCUCCCCGCCAACCUCAUGUGCAGCGCAGCCUUCGCCUUGCUGUGACCUUUAAAGACCAGCUUGCGGUGAAUUCGGCCUUUCGAACUAGCCCUGCCUUGCUUAGAAAACCUCCCGCCUGCUCCUUGCCAGAAACUGGGCCAGCUGGUGCGUUGUACAGUCACGCCAGAGCCUUCCUUUCGGUACCUGUCUGAGCUCUGCAGCCGGGAAUCGGUGCUGGCCGAUGACUGGGACAAGUAGCUGAGGUCCCCUCCUAAGGAAUCUCCAGGUGCGUGGGGGUGUGGGGGAAGUGGGCCCAGGCUGUAGAUGGAGGGUACUGGUAUCAUGAUUGGCCUCUGCAUGCUUUGAUUGUCCUGGGCGUGGCCUUGGCAACUGAUGAGCCAGGGCUAGAAGCAUUUGAACAGGCAGUGGCGGCCCCGUCUUUUGAAGCAGGUCCCCGAGGGGUUGUGUGGUGGAAGCAGGGGCUGGAGGAGCUGAGAGAUGGCUGGCUGGGGCUGGGGAGUGAGGGGCAGGGCUGGCUGGCUGGGGGGACAGGGGCAGGGCUGACCAGCAGAGGUGCUGCAAGCCUGCGCACUACUGGUUUCGUUUAUGAGUUUCCUGCCCCCGUCCCCUGGCAGGUCCCCUCAGGGUACGAGUGACCCCAUGAUCCCUUUACUCCCUGAUUCCCACCUGGGUCCCCGUGAAUCUUGCUCCCCCGGUGUUACAUUGACUAAAUCUCAUUUGAAAAGUCUCCUGUACCCCACCAAGCGUGUGGGGUGGGUUCGGCACCUGGCGUCUCUCUCUGCUUGCCUGUCCCAUUGCUAGUCUGGCUGCAGGACUGGGGGAUGUGCUAACCCCUCCCCCUUGCUGUCUGGGGCUGCUCCAGCCUUGGGCCCAGCCCCCCUCCUUUGUCCCCAGCCUGGCUAAUUCAUCCCUACCUGGCAGGGCCCCUGCAGCAUGCCCACUCUGAAGAGGGUUUGCAGAUAGGAUCUAGGGAGGGGGUGCGCAGGAUCUGCCACAGGGAUGGUGCUGGGGGGUAGAAUGGCUGGAGGAGUGAGGGCUCCAGGCCGUUCCAGAGGAGUGUGUCCCCAUAAUCAGGGGGGUGUAACUGAAAUGGACUGCGGGGGAUGGGGUGUGUGAAUAUCGGGGACACUCUUCCUGCAAGGCACGGUGGAUUGUGGGUCACCAUUACAAAUUCACACUUCGCAGACUCUUCCCAGCCCCCCCCCCACCCCCGGGGAGGUAGGGCAGUAUUACCACCCCACUUUAUAGAUUGGGAAACUGAGGCACAGAGCCAGCAAGUCGCUUGCCUGAGGCCACAGAGGGAAUUACUGUCAGAACUGGGAGGCUUUUCAUCCUGCAGGCAGAGCACUGACCUACAGCCCUGGCUGCAGGGAAACCUGAGGCUAGGCGCUCGGAUACUGCGACCGGGCAGCCACAUACGUAUCUAGGUUGGAGGCCUGGGUCACUUGGAGCUGGACUGGAGUGCAGGGGACAAAUCCUGCGUGGCAGGGUGCAGGCUGGGAGGUCUGAGAGGUCUCCUCCAUCUCCAGCACCUGGGCUUGCAGCUUCACCUGCCCUCGGCUUGGCUCCUAUUGGCGCCUGAAGCCAAGAGAGAUCUUCCCAAGGGACGAGCCUUCGCGCCUCUCCUCCACGAGCGGGUGGUUGGGAGGGCGCGGAGCUGGUGCCAGGCUGGAGGCCGUGCCCAGGUCACAGAACGAGAUAGCUGACAAACGCACGCAGAGCGAUGGGCAGGGAAACCCCGGGGAGGCUACCAGACCCCGCGCAUCAGGAUUUCCUGUGGCGGCACCGCCCUGCUGGUGAAAACUGUCAGGCGCCUCCAGAGGUGCGGUGGCUCAUCCCACUCAGCCUUGCGUUGGGCGGGGAGGCCGUGCUGCCCUCUCGCGGGAGCUUGGGGUGCUGCAGGGGUGCACCGGUGGCCUUUGCCAUGGUGUAUCAGUGCCUGAUGCGGUGCCGAUUGGUUAAUUGACGCUCUGCACCACGGUAGCUACAGCCGCAGUCAGGUUUUAUAACCAGCCUGCCUGGGGAGCUCUUGGCCGUAGCGAUAAGCUGGUGGGUAGACUGCACCUAGUUCUACGAUGGCUCAUCAAAAACGUUUCCUGGGUGCCCUGUGCUAGGCCCGACCAGGGCUCAGCUGCUCACAGCCAGGUUAGCUCUGAGGCUCUUAACAACGUCCCCAAGGCAGAGUUCCUAAAAGCCCCGACUCCCGGGAGGUCUGCUCCCAGGAUCUGGCCCUUACAGGAGACAGGAAGCCAGUCGUGGACUCUUUCUCGCUCCCCCCUUAAAGGGGCCCUGCAAAGAAAUGGGACUUGUGCCUUUUGCUGUUCCCUUUAUGAUGGAUAAAUGAGGGCUGAGACCUUGGACCCAUAAAAAGGGGUUGGUUUUGACCUGAGCUAGUCAGGACGUGUCUCUAUGGCAGCUUCAGCCCUAACAAAACGAGCUCCAGCCGUGUGGGGAAGGGCCUGUUUUCAACGCUGCUGGUUGUGUUGACAGCUGUUAACGCCGAUGCCCAAUGAACCCCUGGGAGAAAGGCCAUCUUUGUUAAAGAGUCACCUGGUCAAGGUGGCAGCCAGGGACUCCUCCGGCAAACCCCAGGGCGCUCCAGACCUGACUCCCAGCAAUUUGUACUGGGACAAAAAUCAGAUUCAAAAUAUCCCCCAAGCUCUGGCUUCUCUUUGUGCAUCAACGCAGCCGAGCAAGGGCACAGUCCCAGACAAGUCACGGUCAGGUCAAAGACCCCCUUCACAGCAAUGAGGAGGUUCCCGAGCGCCCGGAUGGCAUUCCCGGGCCCUGCACCUCUCCGGGGCGCUUGGCGGCUUUGCUUGUGUGCAUAGAUACAUUAUUUAUAGGCCGGGUAUAUAAAGUCACUUUAUAUACACACCCAGCCCUACUGUAUCAUAGCUAUAUGUAUAUUUUUCUAUGAGAGAGUAUCAGUAACUAACAUGGGGAUGGGCCCAAAUGCCUUGUUGCUUUUUCUAAUUAAAAGAUCAACUCCACGACUCCAGAAGCUUAGGUCGUGUCACCCAGCCCCGCCCCAAGUGACCCUAAAAUCGGGAUCAUCGGCGAAAUCCACGCCGGUUGCUGCUAAACCAACAUCCACCACCACCCUUCCCUCCCUCCCCGACGUCCCCUGGCCCCCGGUGGAUAUGCUGUUGUGUAAAUAGCCUUGUGUGAAGCGUCGCAAGCGGGUACGUGACGAUUGUGCAUGUAAAGAUGAUUUAUUUAAUUUGUCGCUAUCUUUCUCUUUCCAUUUGUGGAGCUGUUUUUCAGCAGUGAGUUUCUUAUUUAAAACUGGGAGUGGGGGGAUCCCCCCCAGCCAAACACGCCGCUCUGGAUUUUCUUCCAGAAGGGGAGGACAUUAAAGCGCAUUCCUCAGAUCAGGAUUGAUGCAUUUUCACUGGAACUGGACUCUGCUUAUUUUUAAUAUUUGUUGCAUUUCUUCUUUGGAACCACUAUUUAUUUGGGUGGAGCUGUCCAGCCUCCUCCUUCCCUCCCCCACCCCCAAAGACACCCAUGAGCUGAGGGGCUUUGGGGGGUGAUUCCGGACACAGACUUGUCCCUUGGUCCCGGUACCAGGGCGUGGCCAGUGUUGCUACAAAGGCCAAAGAACCAUGAGACUGCAGUGGGAGGUUCCACCUGGCAAUGUGGCGAUUCUCCCAACAGACGUAGGGGUCUUCGCUUGCACGCUCCUCCCAGUGCGGAAUGAAGAUGACAGUCGAUAUUUAAAGCAAAAACUCUUCCCUUCCCCUCACCCCCUGGAGGUGUUUGAAAUCUGUUUGUAAUAUUUACUAUCUCAGACUUGCCUACAUGUCCGAUUUCUAAAUGUGUCAUUGCUGGGAGCGAGCCACCCCCCCAGGUGCUCCAGGGACGGAGCCUUGUCACAGGGUGCCGGGAGCAGUGGGCUCAAGUAUUUUCUGCUGAUGACCGUGGCACUUUAUGCAAAAUAAAAUGGGGGUAAAACAA